AUCAAAAUUUUUGUUUUCAAUUAUUUGAACAUAAUUACCAUUAGAAAUGCCUUGUGACGGAAAAAAUCCUAAUUGUGAUAGAAGACGAGAAUUAUUAGCGCAACUAAAAUGUUUGAUUAGUUCUAUGGAAAGAAAGUAAGAAAAUGUUGAAACUAAAUUACGAACAUGAAUAAAAUUAUAAUUUGUUCAUUAUAGAAAAGCAUGUGAAUGGGAUGAGCCACCUUGUCCUCCGCCUGUUAUUUGUUCUUCACCUUGUGCACCUAUUUCUGAUUGUGUAAGUAGGAAUCGAUUUAAAAAUGCGUAAUGUACAGUCAAUAAUCACAGCUUUUGUAUAAAUCAUUUAUUGUCAUAAAAAGUAAGGGAUACGAAAAAUAAACAUAAUAUAUACAGUUAUCAUGGUUAAAGGAAACAUAAGAAAUUUUUUACAAUAUAAAUUUUUUUUACUUCUAACAAAAGAAUCGAUUGGGUCAGUUUUGCUGAUAGAAACCAAUAAUAUAUAUACAGUAUAUGUGCACAUGGAUACAUAUACAACGAAUGCACAUGUCAGUACAUAUACUAAGCUUCAUUAAAAUUUCAAGAUAUAAUGCUUUCUUGAAUAUGGUUUUCUCUUUAUUUUAAAAUGAAGAUUAAAAUCUUCUAAAAUCUAAUAUUUUAGUACCAGUACAGAAAGUGUAUUGUUAUAAAAUAGAAUAAUACUAAAAAUAAUUUUAAACAAAUUUGGGAAAAAAUAUCUUUUAUCAUUUUAUAUUUUUUUAAUACAUCAAUUUAUAUAUGGGGCUAAAUUUUAAUUAUUAAAUUUCAGAUUCCAGUUAAACAAUGUAAAAGUUUUGAUUUUCGAGCAGGUAUUAUAUAUAGAUGUGAAUGUAUCAAAAGGAAUGGUUUACAAGAUAGAUGUAUGGUGUGGGAUUGUAUGGGUAGACCAGAAUGUAUGACAAAGUUAUAUCCCGUUUGUAUGCCAGGACGCAACGCGUUGUUGAAAUUAACAGAAUUAGGAGAUAUGGAAGUUGCACUAAGGAAAUUUUAUUGUGCUGAUCAAGCAAGGGAAGCUGCUCUGGCAGCAUAUUGUAGAUUGGUAUGCUGCAAUGGUGCAGAAAAAUCUUGCUGUGCAAAUGUAAAGGCAAUAUGUUCAAGCAAUACGAAGUGUAAGCCUGUAUGUAUCGAACUACCACCGUGUCAACCUUGUCAACCCUGUCAACCCUGUCAACCCUAUCAACCCUGUCAACCAUGCAGUAUUACUCCUUGUGUACCACCUUGUACUUCUUUCAACAUUUGUGUACCGUGCUCACCACCAUGUCCACCACCAUGUCCACCACCAUGUCCACCACCAUGUCCACCACCAUGUUUACCAUCAUGCCCACCACCAUGCCCACCACCAUGCCCACCACCAUGCCCACCACCAUGCCCACCACUAUGUCCACCACCAUGCCCACCACCAUGCCCACCGCCAUGCCCACCACUAUGCCUACCACCAUGCCCACCACCAUGCCCCCCACCAUGCCCACCACCAUGCCCACCACCAUGCCCACCACUAUGCCCACCACCAUGUCCACCACCAUGUCCACCACCAUGUUCGCCAUGUCCACCAUGUCCACCAUGUUCGCCACUGUGUUCGCCUUGUCCCCCGUGUCCACCAUGCCUACCACGUUCACCAUGUCAACCAUGUCCAUUACCAUGCUCACCGCGUGUAUCACUAUGUUUACCGUCUUGUCCUCCACCAUGUCCACCAUCAUGUCCUCCGCCAUGUCCACCAACGUGUCUAUCAAUGUGUCCAUCACCAUGUCUACCGCUGUGUCCAUUACCAUGUUAACCAAAAUAUUUAUCAGUAUGUAUCCAUUAUUAUAUUCUAUUUCUUAUGUGCCAAAUAUACAUUUUCCUUUCAUCAUUCUGUUAUGAGUCUAUUUUACAAUGUAUAGUUUAUAUAUUUCUGUCGAAUAUCAGUUAUCACAAAUGUAUCUAAAAAUUUUAUACGUGUUCUCCAAUAUUUGCAUACUUUUUAUGCAUAUAGAUAAUGUAUGUUGUAAAAGCAUCAAUAAAUAUAGUAAUGAAAUAUA